AUGUUGCUCACCAUACUGUGUUUUGCCACUGUUGCGGGUCAAGUUGGCGGUUUACCACCAGGUGUAAGAGGAGAACCAGAAAAUGUGAUUAAUUUACCGCCGAAUGAUAGCGAAACUGUCAAACGACCUAUCCAUUUGGAUGGUGUACAACUGGAGCGAGAUGGUGAACUGAAUAAGGAGUUUCGACAAGAGGUACUGUUAGGUGGAGAUCCAAAGGACUCCGCUGAACUGAAGGUUAUGGUAAAGAAGAUGUUUGAAGAGACCGAUAUAAAUAAAGAUGGAUUCUUAUCGCUUGAUGAACUCGAACAGCGAAUAGUAAACAAUACUAGGGCGCAUUUGGAGGAAGGUAUAGAGGAGGCAAGGACUCACUUCGACAUCGUAGAUAUGAAUGGUGAUGGAAAGGUUUCUUGGAGUGAAUACGAGCCACACUAUUUAUCAAAAGACUCGCAAAAUGACGGACAUGAUCAUAAAAAUAUCAUUAACAAUGACGACUCAUCACUUGCUGGCCCAGAACGAGUUUCUUUUGAUCGAGCCGAUAAGAAUGGCGACGGAUCUCUUGAUCCCGAAGAAUGGCUAAGAUUUUUCCAUCCAGAGCACAAUAACGACUCUUUGAUGGAAAUGGCCCGUGAUAUCUUGAAGCUAUACGGUGAGUACAUCUUAGGAAAUUUUAGUGCUAACUUAGAACCUAGGAUUUUGAAUAGUUUACUUGUUAGUAAAUUUACGAUUUAUGAAACAUAUUUCAAAUAUUUGAUGUAAGU